GCCCCACAAGGCAGGUAGCGGCGGGGCAGGCGGCUCGCACUCCGCUCCCUCCGGCCUCCGCCGAGUUUUGGGAAGAGGAGGAGGAGGGAGGGAGGAAGAAGAUAGAAGAAGAAGGGGGCUCCUGCUUUCUCUCCCCCCCAUGUGAGCCGGGACGAUGCUGCCGCUGCUGCUGCCGCUGCUGCUGGGUGCCCGGGCGUUGGGCGCACCCCAGGGGGACACGGCGGUGGUCACCCCGCUGCGCCUCGACCCCGACAUCAACGGGAGGCCCCACUUCGGGCGAGGCACCCCCGCCGAGGCCGUGGUCUUCCAGCUGUCAGCUUUCGGGGAGGAUUUCUACCUGCACCUCGCCCCCGACGCCCGCUUCAUCGCCCCCGCCUUCGCCGCGCAAUACCUGGGCACCGAGCCCGGUGCCGCACGCCCCCGUCCCGGCCUCCGCCACUGCUUCUACUCGGGGGAUGUCAACGGCGACCGCGAGUCCUUCGCCGCCCUCAGCCUCUGCGGGGGGCUCCGGGGGGCUUUCGGUUACCGCGGAGCCGAGUACACCAUCAGCCCGCUGCCCGGGGGGGCGGCCGGCGGAGCCCACCGCCUGCAGCGCCGCAGUGCUGGCCUCCCGCUCGGGGCCUCCGCCUCGCGCUGUGCCGUGGGCUCCGGCCUCACCCCCGGAGUCCUGCAGGCGUUGGCCAAGUACCGGGGGAGGGCUGGGGGGGCGCCGGGGGGGAGAGCCAAGCGCUUUGCCUCCGUGCCCCGUUACGUGGAGACCUUGGUGGUGGCCGACGAGUCCAUGGUGAAGUUCCACGGGGACGACCUCCAGCACUACCUGCUGACCCUCAUGGCCACGGCCGCCCGCCUCUACAAGCACCCCAGCAUCCGCAACCCCAUCCAGAUCUCCGUCGUCAAGUUCCUCCUCAUCGGGCAGGACGACAAGGGGCCCAAAGUCACCGGCAAUGCUGCCCUCACCCUCCGCAACUUCUGCGCCUGGCAGAAGAAGUGGAACAAAGUCAGCGACAAGCACCCCGAGUACUGGGACACCGCCAUCCUCUUCACCAAGCAGGACCUGUGCGGUGCCACCACCUGCGACACGCUGGGCAUGGCCGACGUGGGCACCAUGUGCGACCCCAAGCGUAGCUGCUCCGUCAUCGAGGACGACGGGCUGCCCUCGGCUUUCACCACCGCCCACGAGCUGGGCCACGUCUUCAACAUGCCCCACGACAACGUCAAGGCCUGUGAGGAGGUCUUCGGCCGGCUGAAGACCAACCACAUGAUGUCCCCCACCCUCAUCCAGAUCGACCGUGCCAACCCCUGGUCAGCCUGCAGCGCUGCCAUCAUCACCGACUUCCUCGACAGCGGCCACGGAGACUGCUUGCUGGACCAGCCCUCCAAACCCAUCCCACUGCCUGAGGACCUGCCGGGGACGAGCUACAGCCUGAACCAGCAGUGCGAGCUGGCCUUCGGCGUGGGCUCCAAGCCCUGUCCGUACAUGCAGUACUGCUCCAAGCUCUGGUGCACGGGCAAGGCGCGCGGGCAGAUUGUCUGCCAGACCCGCCACUUCCCCUGGGCCGACGGCACCGGCUGCGGCGAGGGACGCUUCUGCCUCAAGGGUGCCUGUGUUGAGAGGCACAACGUCAGCAAGUACAGGGUGGACGGCGGCUGGGCCAAGUGGGCGCCCUACGGGCAGUGCUCGCGGACGUGCGGCGGUGGCGUGCAGCUGGCCAAGCGCGAGUGCACCAACCCGGUGCCUGCCAACGGGGGCUCCUACUGCGAGGGCGUCCGCGUCAAGUACCGCUCCUGCAACCUGGAUCCCUGCUCCUCUGCAGUGCCAGGGAAGAGUUUCCGCGAGGAGCAGUGUGAGGCUUUCAAUGGCUACAGCCACAGCACCAACCGCCUGACCGCCUCCGUCUCCUGGGUCCCCAAGUACUCCGGUGUCUCUCCCCGGGACAAGUGUAAGCUCAUCUGCCGGGCGAACGGCACGGGCUACUUCUACGUGCUGGCACCCAAGGUCGUGGACGGCACCCCUUGCUCUCCAGACUCCACCUCGGUCUGCGUCCAGGGCAAAUGCAUCAAAGCAGGCUGUGACGGGAAGCUGGGCUCUAAGAAGAAAUUCGACAAAUGCAGCGUCUGUGGGGGAGACAACAAGAGCUGCAAGAAGGUCUCAGGCUUGUUCACCAAACCCAUGCACGGCUACAACUUCGUGGUGGUGAUCCCCGCGGGCGCCUCCAACAUCGACAUCAGGCAGCGGGGCUACAAGGGGCUGAUCAGCGACGACAACUACCUGGCACUGAAGAACGGACAGGGCAAGUACCUGCUGAAUGGCCACUUCAUCGUCUCGGCCGUGGAGAGGGACCUGAUGGUGAAGGGCAGCGUGCUGCGCUACAGCGGCACCGGCACCGCCGUCGAGAGCCUCCAAGCCUUCAAACCCAUCCAGGAGCCCCUGACUUUGGAGGUGCUCUCCGUGGGGAAGAUGACCCCUCCCCGGGUGCGCUACUCCUUCUACCUGCCCAAGGAGAGCAAGGAGGACAAGUCCUCCUACAAGAAGGAGGGCAAGACCCCGCCGGACCUCAACAACAGCGUCCUCAGCCUGUCCAACCGCUUGGACGGGGGCAGGCCGACCUACAAGCGGCCCUCCUACAAGUGGGCGGCGGGCGGCUGGGAGGCUUGCUCCGUCACCUGCGGCAGCGGGCUGCAGAAGCGAGCGGUGGCUUGCCGCGACUCCUACGGCCACCUGGCCUCCGAGUGCGAGGCCGCACAGAGGCCGGCUGAGGUCCGGCCCUGCGGGGAGCCCUGCCCGGUGUGGGAAGCGGGACCCUGGGCCCCGUGCUCCAAGAGCUGCGGUCGAGGCUUCAAGAGGAGGAUGCUGAAGUGCGUGGCCCCAGCCGGGCGUCUCCUGCCCCGGGAGAGCUGCAGUUUUCAGAGGAAGCCGCAGGAGCUGGACUUCUGCACCUUGAGGCCGUGCUGAGCGGUGCCGGCGAGGACGGGCAUGGUGUCUCUCGGGCUGGCGGGCGAGCAGCAGCCAGGGGCUGGGAGAGGGGGAGAUGUCCAUAGCACAUAUCAAACAGGGGAAAAAGAAAAAAGGGAAAAAAAAAAAAAAAAAAGAGCAAACAACAGGACCUGGGUGCGGGAAAGGGCAUGCGCCCAGGCCAGAGGGCUUUCACCGAGCUGGUCGCUCGGAGCCGGAGCAGGAACCAACAUCUACCUCGAUGCCUCCGCACCACACAGGGACCCGCGGCGGAGGCUGGGAGCUGGAGGACGGACAGAUGCCACUGCCCAAGAAGGACCUGAGGAUGCGUGGGACCAUCCCCUCAUUGCACAUCCGAUGCCUGCCCCGUCUUCCCAGGGCCAAGCCUACCUCUCCCCUUCCCUGUCUCCCCCAGCACUCGUGCUACUUGGGACCAAACGGAUUUACUAACACAGUGAUGGCAAAUUGUGCUUGAUGGGGUGGUGGUCUCCUAGGGGCUGUCAACUUUGGGGCACGCUGGCAAUGACUUUGCAACAUGGGCAUGCCACCGCUGCGGUCUGGGGAGCCCCCGGAGCAUCCCCGUGCCAGGCUGGGAGGCGGUGGCUUCAUUUUCGUUUUCUCCUCGUGCUUAUGACCUGACCAGUGUAGAUUUUAUGGUGCUUAACUCCAUGUUGUUUUUUAACCUCCUCCUCCCUCUGGUUGUAAACCUUGCGCAGAGGAGGCGGCGUUGCUUCCAGCAAUCCCUCUCCUGAGGCUGAGGUUUUCCGACGGUGCUUUGGGGAGGCUGAGACCGGCUCUCAGCUAACCGGGUGCCCAGAGCACGUCUGGGUGCUCAUUUACACCCCGGUACAGGGCAAGCAGUAAAGUGCCCACCUGGAGCUCUUCGGGGCUAAAAGGGAUCGCUGUGGAAGUGAGAUUUGAGCUGUAACUCCAGAAGGCAACUGUACUGUAGUGUCAGGGCACAGUGCCACGGGGGCUGGAAGCAUCCCUGCACGUCGCUGGUGCUCGACUCCACUCUGGAGAUGGUGCUUGCUGCCGGGCAGGACCGGCACGCCGUGCCCAGGCAUCCUGCCCCCUUCCCUCCGAGCCUUCAUUGGGUUAUUUUGCUCCGCAUUAACCCCCAGAGAUGUUCUGAGCUGCAGGAGUGGAAGAUGAAUUUGGGUCCUGGGCUUUCCUGAACGUCUUGCGGGGCAUCCGUGACCAGCUUCAUCCCCCAGGGUUUUGUGCGAGGGUUCGUUCUGUACCUCUGAGGGUUACAUAGUGCUCGGAGGCUGCCUUACCUCACACACUGCCCUCCUCACAACAACCCUGUGGCACAUCUCCCCCCCAGCCUCCUGCUCAGAGCAAACCAUCAGGGAUCAUUUUUACAUUUUGCUUUUCCACUGACGAAGGAAAAAACUCGUAGGGUGUUAGCUCUGGCUGACAGCAACCCGGAGCCUCUCGGCUGAGCUCUGGCGUUACUGGGAUCAACUGGAGGGGAGCACAGGGACGAGCCACAGGUUUUGGGAAGGCAGAAGAUGCUUACCUUGCCUCUUCUUCAAGCCCACCUUGUGCUCUGUCCCUUGCAAAUACGAUGUGGAAGCUCCUCGUGCUCCAAAAGGUGUCCAGCAGCUGUGGGUAGGGUGAGGAAGGUCACAAGAGACGGGACCGUGGCAGCGCAAACAUUUUCUUGCUGAGACCUUUCCCACCAGCUUAGCACAUUUCUCGUGAUAAUGUUUGUGGACCCACCCUCCCUGGAUUUAUGUAAUGCCUUUUUGAACACAAUAGUAUUUCUGGUCUCCACAGUGCUUGAUAGAGCCAGGAGCAGAUGUUGUGGUCGCUUUGCACAGCAGGGAUGGGAUUUAAUGUUCUAGGAAAUCCCUUCCAGGUCUACAUUCCCAUGAACGUAUCAUCCAUUUUCGGACAGUUUUCCUGCAUAGCCGAGCCUGCAGCGCUUUUGUCUGGGGACAGAGCUCCGAGGAGCUGCCCUUUAGUGUCUUGCCAUCAAAGAGAUGGCUUCCAAGCCACCGAGAAAUCGUUGUCCUUGUCCAAAGGGGGAAGGACAGGGCGGGAGGGGUUUCUUGUGUGCGGUUCUUUUGCCAAGUGUGCAGCAAAAGGACGGAGAUGCCUAUUGUACUGGCUGCUUUGUGUAUACCAUGUAUACUAAACAUCGAUCUCUGCUGUUUGUGCAUCAAUAGCAAACCUGAAAUAAAAACGUAUUUAAAGAUCCA